AUGGAGUCCGAUGCUACCACACCUACAACUGCUAACGCUCCUGAGAAUGCUCAGUCUCCUGACAUAGUAGUAGCAGACGAGGCUCGCAAUCUUUCUAACCUCAUCAAGACGAGACCUCCGUUCACGAGUGGCACGAUGGCAAUUCCGGCGGAGGACUUCACUUUGUUCUAUGGCAGAGAGAGGGAUGCGAGACGUAUUAGUCUCCUCAAUCCUACUACAGAAGACAUGGAACAUCUCUCCUCUACCUGUACCGGCGCCACAUUCGGGCGGGACAGCGAAGACGUAUACGACGAGACGUAUCGCAAGGCGGGCAAACUCGACGUCACGGACUUCAGCUCGCGCUUCGAUUCGGUGCAUUCUGAUAGGCUUGCGAGGAUGUGGUGCGAGGAGCUUUUAGAUGGGAAGGAUGAUAACAGAAGGGUCAGGUCGGAGCUGUACAAGUUGAACGUUUAUGGGCCCGGCUCGUUCUUUAAGGCCCACCAAGACACCCCUCGCGGACCCAACAUGUUCGGCUCCCUCGUCGUCGUCUUCCCAACGCCACACGAAGGUGGCGCACUCGUCCUCCGCUCUGAUAAUGGCGAACGCCAAGAAGAAAUCCUCGACUUUUCUGCAUGGUUGAAGCAGACUAAGACGCCAUCCGUUGCGUAUGCUCUCUUCUUCGGAGAUAUCACGCAUGAGGUUUACGAGGUCACUCGAGGCUAUCGCGUCUCCCUAACCUACAACCUCUACUUCGACGAUGACAAGACGCCCUCCCAAACCCUCCUCCGGUCCCUCGACGGAAAACCCUCCCACUUCCAAUCCAUCCAAUCCUCCCUCACCCGCCUCCUCAACUCCGACACCUUCCUCCCUAACGGCGGCACACUCGGCUUCGGACUGCGGCACCGCUACCCCCUCAAAGACCGUACCCAACCCUCCCAGAUCUCCGCCGUCCGCGACGUCCUCAAAGGCUCCGACGCUGCCGUCGCGCAUAUCUUCUCCCAGCAGCACGGCCUCGACCCGAAAAUCGUUGUUGUGUAUGAUCUCGAGACACACGUUAUCAUGUGCGAUCGCGCGCCAAUCGAAGUCGUUGCGGAAUCGGACGCUCAUUUUGGGUAUAAUCUCGUGGAAUUUAAUAAUGGACGCGUGAUAGGGAUAAACACUGAGAGAAGGCCGUGGGGUUAUGAGGACUCGGAGGAAUUAGAUCGAUGGGAGCAUAUUGAUGUGCAGGAGAGAGUGUGGUGGAUCACGCCGAUGUGCGCGUUGAAUAAGUAUCAGUCCUCGUCGGUGUCGUUUGGGAACGAGCCGCAGUUGGAUUUCGAGUAUGGGGAUCUUUGUAUGAUUGUGAGGGUUGGGAGACCGGGGAGUAGGAAGGUCAUUGUUAAGGGGUCCUUGAUGGAAAAGGUCCCUAAGGCGAGGGAGUGGGGUGAUCACUGGGCUGUUGAAGAGGCACAGGAGGAGGAGCAGGAGGAGGACGAGGCGGAAGACGUGGUGGAGAAGGAUAUGGAGGCCCAGUAA